UCAUUCUGAAAGCCAAACCACAGGCAGUAGAAAAAACCUGACAAGUAAACCUGAGGCAAGAAACUUAGCAAAUGGCAUCUUCCGUUAUGGCUUCAGUGAGCUUGAAACCAUCUCCUUUCACUGUCCAGAAAUCAUCAUCUGUCAGAGGUCUCCCUACUCUCUCUAGAAGAACUUUCAGAAUUGAGGCCAGUGGUGGCAAGAAGAUCAAGACUGACAAGCCUUAUGGUAUUGGUGGUGGCAUGGAGUUGAGGAAUGGUGUUGAUGCAUCAGGAAGGAAGCCAACAGGAAAGGGUGUAUACCAAUUUGUUGACAAAUAUGGUGCCAAUGUGGAUGGCUACAGCCCCAUCUACAACACUGAUGAAUGGUCUCCAACUGGUGAUGUUUAUGCUGGGGGUGCUACAGGAUUGGCAAUAUGGGCAAUAACACUGGCUGGUCUUCUUGCAGGAGGUGCACUUCUUGUUUACAAUACAAGUGCUUUGGCACAAUAGGAUUAUGCUAUUUUUAUGCUUAAUCUGUAUACUUAUUUGCCCAAGUAACUGCCAACAACAAUGAACAUCUUAAUAUGAAUACCUUGUGCAUCCCUAUGUGUAAUUUUCUGUUUAUUAUGAACAACUUUAAUUAGUUAGUUUCAA